CAUUAUUGGUAUCUUUAGUAAUAUUUUUGAUUAUGUAAUGCAUUAUUGGAAUUCUUGCAACAAUGAAUUUGGUAAAAACAAAGAGAAUUUUUUUAUAUAAAUUAUUCGAGCUAAGGAGUUCGUUACAUUUUACAUACACAAAUUUUACUUAUCGGUAUAUUAUAUUUUUCAAUGAUUAUUACAAUAAUAAAAUGUGCUACCAUAAACAAAGAUGACAUAUGUAAAUUUUGUAAAUGUGUUAAGCCGAAUGAGCAAGUGGUUCUUAUGGAUUGUACAUUGAAAAAUUUAACAACAACACCAGCAAAUUUAUGGCCAUCACAAAAUAAUGAAACAAAAAUAACAUUUAUAACAGUGAAUUUAUCUCAUAAUAAAUUUGUUAAAUUAGGGAAAUUACCAGCAACAGAUAUUGAAAGUGUUCACGUUUCGUUAUCAAAUUGUAUGAUACGAGAAAUUGAACGAUGUGCCUUUGCACCAAUACCAAAUAUAGAAUAUUUAGAUUUGAGUUGGAAUCAAUUAAAUGGAGAUGCAUUACGUCCAAGUGUAUUCCAAGGUAAAUUUAAUAUAAUGGAAUAUGAUCCAUUGAAUAAAUUGGAAGGAUUAGAUCUAUCACAUAAUAACAUACAUGCACUAAGGGAUAAAACAUUUGAUCAUAUACCAAAUUUAAAAAAUUUGUACAUCAGUCAUAAUCCACUAAAAGUAUUUGGUUUAACAACUCUUGCUGCAAUAUCAAUGACACCAUAUUUACGUAUUUUAGAUUUAUCAUCAACAAAUUUAGAACAUAUUAGUGACGAAGCAUUCGCAGUAUUCAAAGAAUUAACAGUGUUAAUAUUAUCAAAUAAUCACUUAAAAAAUGUGCCAGAUAGUUUAACAUAUGCCAGUGAUAGUCUAAGAAAAUUAGAUUUUAGCGGAAAUGCCGUGCAAGAAUUUAAUGAUGAUUCAUUUUUUGGUUUAAAAAGUUUAACCCAUUUAAAUAUAAGUUGUAUGGAAAAUUUAAAAACAAUUCAUUCAGGUACAUUUCAAUGGUUGGAAAAUUUGAAUGCUCUGCAUAUUUCACAUAAUCCACAAUUAACUCACAUCGAUAAGGACGCAUUUGGUGAAUUAAAAUUAAAAUGGCCUAUUUCCGAAUUAUACAUAAACAACAACUCAUUACAUCAAGUCUCAACACAAUUAGCCGUUUGGGAGAAAAUCGUUCAGCUAGAUUUAUCCGAUAAUCCAUGGCGUUGUGAUUGUCAAUUAUAUCACGUAAUCAAAAAGAUUAAAAUCAAAUAUCGUGAACGUAACCAAAAAUUUCCAGUAUGCUCUGAACCAACAUAUUUAAGUGGCAUAUCAUUAUAUAACAUGCCGACAAAAAUAUGCAAUAAACCCAAAUUAAAUAGUACAUUGGAUGAAAUAUUUGAUACAUUAUUUAACGAUGAUGAUAAUACUGAUGAUGUUACGUCAUCAGUGACAUCAUCAAAUCGGAAUCGUAAUGUAGGAGCAUCAACAACAACAUUGCGCAGUGGACGUAAUAUAAAAAUAUCAAAAUUUGUUUGGGGUUUAUUAGCAUGUUGUGUAAUUAUUUUAUUAAUUUCAUUAAUUGCAAUUGGUUGUAAAAUAUACUUGAAAUCGAAACAACAAUCAGAACAGUUUGAUAGAUUUAAACCGAUACGGUAUCAUCAUACGAAAACAUCGGAUACGGUUACGACUGCAGCGGUUAAUGAAGAACAACCUCGACAGGAAGAUCAACAAAAUCCAGAAGUUAUUUCAGAUAUUGAUGAAGAUGAUAAAGAUAUUAAUAAAUAAUUUAUGAAAAAUA